AUGUCUGACAAAAACACUACUACUUUAAAUGAUGUACCUGUAGGUAGCAAUAGUAUAGAAAAUAAAAUAUUAGCCCCAGGUUCUGAGAUGGUGUUGAAUGAUUGUGUGGGAACUGAACUUCAAACAAUUCCCUCGGCUGUAGAAAGUAUUUCAAGUGAUGAAGUCCCUGGACUCAAGAAAGGAAAGAAGACUAAAAAGAAUUUCAGUCGGGCUAAACUUGAGUCCACUCUGGAAAAGAGAAAAGAAAAUGAAGAGAAUCUUACCCUGAAUCUGAAACAAGUAGAGUGCAAUUUGGAAGAAGGUGACAUAAGUGAAAUUGGCCAAAAGGACAAAAAGAAAUAUAGAACCAAACGACUCUUAAAUGCUAUAAGAGCAAUCAAUAAUGAAGGAGAAUCUUCAUCACAUCCAGCAAAUACAAAGCAUAAAGAAGCAGAAAUCCCUGACUCUUCUACUUCGAAGCCUUAUAGUGAUCCCAAAUCUUCUUUUACCUAUACCUUAUGGCAUUCCCUAAAAUUGAAGGAAAUUUGUAGAAGUAUAUGGACUGCUUUGAUUUUGGAUUUCAUGGCAAAUUUGGCUACUAUAAUAUUAUUCAAUUAUUAUUCACAGGGGUAUGAUGUUGUUCAGUCGUGCCCAGUAGUUUCUUUGACAUUAGAUAUCAUGAUAAUGUGCAUUUGGGUUAUUGAAAGACAGCCAUGUCCAGACUCAGUAUUAGGAAUGAGUAGAGUACAAUUAGUAACUGCUUUUAAAAUUAUUAAACAAUUGAUUUUGUUUGUAGUUGCUGGGAUGAUAGUUGGGAAAAUUGUACUUUUAAUUGGCGGGACCAUUCAUAAUCCUUUAGGUGUUUCCAAAAGUGCAGUAAAGGAUCUUAACUUGUCUUUUGGGAGCCGUCUUGCUUUAAUUCUUGUGGCCUCAUGGUCAAUUGUCACUAAUUUCUUUGUUUUGGUACAUGUUUGGUCUAUGCCAGAAAAGGGCCGUGGUUCACAACUUUUCCUAAUAAAAACUUGCUUUGUCAACUUCAUCUUGGGAGUAGUUGAAGUUAAAUUAUUUCAUAGUUCAAUAGUUUCGAGCAGUAGAUCAAAUCACAAGGUAUUGCCAGUGUUAUAUCUAUAUACUUCAGCUUUUCUCAUAUGUGGUUCAACGUUAGGUAUUUGUGUUUCAAUUGUUGUUACCGAAAACAACAGAUUAUCUGAAAUUAUAGGUAAAGUGACUUUAUUUUUAGAUUGCUAUUUUGCAUUAGUUGCAUUGUUAUGCUUAGUUUGUACUAUCAAUUCCUUGCAACUUAGGGGGAGUGGGCCUGGAAGUUAUCAUGUCCCAUUGGGGAUACCAACAAUAUUUGCAUGUGCUUUAAUACUCAGUAUCAUCAUUAUCGUAUCCACUAGAUAUUUUAGGUUAAGAUUACCGCCCACCUUAGAAGUGGAAGAAUUGAAUUUGAAAGACUUAACUGAUUCUCAAAAAUCUGCAUAUGCUAAACUUAUUACCUUCAACUCCAAAGCCAAUGCUGGAAUAUCUGGGGAAGCAGUCUUACUGUUGAUGGAGUCUUACACUCAGACUACCUUAAAAGGUAUGAAUUGUAAAGUUCUUAGAGUCUUCCACCCGCAGAAGUUGCCCAAGAUUCAGAAGGCAAAGCAAGCAAUAAGUAACUUUCCAUGGGGAAGCAGAACAAAGAAGAAAGGAACUUCUCUUCAAACAUUAAUAGAUGGCUCUUCCUCUAAUGAAAACUCUAAGCGCAGGAGUUUGGAAAUUGAGGAUGAGUUACGUGAAUCGCAUAUGACCUCUAAGACUUGGGAAGCGUUUGACGUACAGAAGACUGUGUUUGAUGAAGAAGAAACAGUUUUCAGCAUACAUGAUGUUGAAGAAGUCCCAAAGCCAUUAUCUAAAAAUCAAAGAAAGAAGUUAGCAAAGAAAGCUGCUGCUGCUGCUGCUAAUGGGAAUGGUGCCAACUUUCCACUAGAACUAACAACUGAGAAGGACAUUGCAGAGAGGGCAAAGUUCCACGCAGAUUUGAUGGCUACCGAAGCAUUAGUCUUGCUAACGUCAAUUGAAGAUUAUGACUUGACUGCAUCAAUAGCAGGGAAAUUUGGAGCAUGGAUGAAUAAAUGGUUUGGAAGUGAAUCCAAAUCGAAGCUUUUGUGCGUUAGGUUUGGAUUAUUGGCAUUCCAUUGGCCGUUUGUUAGAUCGACCUUCUAUUGUAGCAACAGCAAAUACCCUGUAGCAAGAAGUGGUGCAGUAAUGUACGCAAUCAGCAGUUGGAACAAAUCAAGAUCUAAGCAAGACAAAUGUACCAUCUUGUUAGAUCCAACCUAUAAAAAUGCGUUUGCUGAGCAAGCAAUUCGGUUUGGUGGCUGGAUCAGACUCAGACUACCAUCAUCACAUAUCAUUAAUUUGCGCCCGCAUAAGAAUAAGAGUCUUCUGGAGUACUUUAAAGCUAUAAAGUACAGAAAUCAAGAUGGUGCAUUCAAGCAAGCAGGAGGGGUUACAAUUGAAGAAAAGGACUUCAGCGAGGAAAACUGUAAUAUUGCAAUGUCACUUUGGAAGAACAUUGCCGAAAAUAGAACCAGUAAUGGUAACACUUCAGUGCUCAUAGAUCCAAAUAUUCAGUUUAUGCAAACCAUAGGUACACUGGCCAAUGAAAAAAAUCACAGAACAUUAUUGUUCCUUAAAGUUGAUGAUGAAGUAAUUGCAUCUUGUAUACUUUUCAGAUUAGGUGAUACCAUCACUUCAGACUUGCAAGGGCUUCACCAUGAAAAGGCCAGACCUAUGAAGGCAUAUUUUGUAAUGAUGCAAGAAGUUAUCACCAUUGCACUUCGUGAAGGCAAGUCAUUUGUUGACUUUGGACCCACAACUGAACGGCCCAAAGUUGAUAUUGGAUGCCAAAGCGUUCCAAUUACAGGAGCUUUGAGAACGUCGAACGUGUUGUUAUCCAUGGCCGUGAAGGUUGCUGCACAUAACGUCAAAGUCUAA